CGGAGAGUGAAAGAACUGGAAGAGAAUUGAAAAUUGUUCGCUACUUUUCUACAUUCCUCUAGCUUCUGCUUUUAAAAAUCCAGAAGGGAAAGAACUAAAGGAAGUUUCGUUUUUGUUUUGAUUUUUUUUCCCAGCCAGACUCUGCUUCCUCCUCUCUUUUGGCUAUUGUUAUUCAGGGUCUCCUGAAUUCUCUCCCUCCUCCUCGCGAAGACCCCGAAAAAGUGCAGUCCGAGACGCAGGAGUGGGGGGAGGCGCAGUCGGUUUUGCCUGUGCGCGCGCCGAGGUCUUUUUUUACUCUUCUUUUAUUUUCGCAGCUUCUCGACUGCUUCCACGGCGCUCCCCCCAGCCUUCUCCCCCCCCCGCACCCGACCCUUUCGCCCACCCUCUCCUUUUGGUGUGUGUGUGUGUGUGUUUUUGGUGCGCGGAUGCCGAAGGGGGAGUUCCUGAUGCGGUCGCUUUAGUGGCUGAUCGUCGCGCGGACUUUGGCAAGAGAAAGGCACGGCGAAGCUGGUUGGAUUGGCGGCGGCGGCGGCAGCGGCUCUUCCUUCCCGUUUUUCCUGCCGUUUGUUGGCGGCUGCUUCCCUCUUAUCUCCCCCGCCCUCCCUGCCCCCGAUAAAUCACUUUUGUUUCGGUGGUUGCUGCCGCAGCUGCCCGCAAAGCGGGAAAAAAUGCUCCUGGAUGCUGGACCUCAGUACCCAGCCAUCGGUGUGACGACCUUCGGCUCCUCUCGCCACCACUCCACGGGCGAUGUGACGGAGCGUGAGGUGGGACUGGGCAUCAACCCCUUCGCCGACGCCGGCAUGGGCGCCUUCAAGCUCAACCCCAGCAGCCACGAGCUGGCCUCGGCCGGCCAGACCGCCUUCACUUCGCAGGCCCCGGGCUACGCGGCGGCGGCGGCGCUGGGACACCACCACCAUCACCCGGGCCACGUCGGCUCCUACUCCAGCGCGGCCGCCUUCAAUUCCACGCGGGACUUUCUUUUUCGUAACCGGGGCUUCGGGGAAGCGGCGGCGGCGGCCAGCGCGCAACACAGCCUCUUCGCCUCGGCGGCCGGCAGCUUCGGAGGGCCCCACGGGCAUGGCGAGGCGGCGGGCCAUCUCCUCUUCCCGGGCCUCCACGAGCAAGCCACGAGCCAUGCGUCUCCAAACGUGGUCAACGGGCAGAUGCGCCUCGGUUUCUCCGGAGACAUGUACGGCCGACCGGAGCAGUAUGGGCAGGUGACCAGCCCGCGCUCCGAGCAUUAUGCAUCCCCCCAACUGCACGGCUACGGUCAUAUGAAUAUGAACAUGGCAGCCCAUCACGGAGCGGGGGCCUUCUUUCGUUACAUGAGGCAGCCCAUCAAGCAGGAGCUCAUCUGCAAGUGGAUCGAACCCGAGCAGUUGGCUAACCCCAAAAAGUCCUGCAACAAAACUUUCAGCACCAUGCACGAGCUGGUGACUCACGUCACCGUGGAGCACGUUGGCGGGCCCGAGCAGUCCAACCACAUCUGCUUCUGGGAAGAGUGUCCCAGGGAAGGGAAGCCUUUCAAGGCCAAAUAUAAACUGGUCAACCACAUCCGAGUCCACACGGGGGAGAAGCCUUUCCCUUGCCCUUUCCCGGGAUGCGGCAAAGUCUUCGCUCGGUCGGAAAAUCUCAAAAUCCACAAAAGGACGCAUACAGGUGAAAAACCCUUUAAGUGUGAAUUCGAGGGCUGUGACAGGCGCUUCGCCAACAGUAGUGAUCGCAAAAAGCACAUGCAUGUCCACACGUCAGAUAAGCCUUAUCUCUGCAAAAUGUGCGAUAAAUCCUACACGCAUCCCAGCUCCCUACGAAAACACAUGAAGGUCCACGAAUCCUCUAACCAGGGAUCCCAGCCUUCCCCCGCUGCCAGCUCGGGUUAUGAAUCGUCAACUCCCCCAACCAUCGUCUCUCCAUCCACAGAAAACCAGACCACGAGUUCCUUAUCCCCUUCAUCUUCAGCGGUCCACCACACGUCCAGCCACAGUACACUCACGUCAAAUUUUAACGAAUGGUACGUUUAAACAAACAAACGAAGGGGGCAAAAAGCGACCUAUUUAAAAGACUCAGUAAUAAUAAUAAUAAUGAACACUUUGAAAUUGAUGACUCUUUUUUGGGGGUGUGUGUUUUGUUUGGUUGGUUUUUUUAUAUAAAUAAAUAAAUAAAUCUAUCAAUCUAUCUAAAUGCUGCCAUAGACCCAGGAGUGAACCAAAUCAAGAAUUCUCUCUCUCUUCCCACUCCCUCUCCUCCCUCUCCCGUCUGGUUUCUUUCCCUCUCUGGUCCCUCUUCUGCUGUUUGCUUUGGUUCCAGGGGCCAAAGGAUAGGAGAGCACAACCCAAAAGGUUCUGUUGCUAUGAGAGAAUGGCCGGUUUGUGGUGCCAUCUUGUCCAUGUGUAGGGCUUUUUAGAUGGGAACCACUGACUGGAGCUCUCACAACUGCAUGUUUCUCUGGGCAGCUGCCUCCUGUUUUCUGUAAAUACAGAAAUACUAGCUUACAAUGUACUGUUUGAUUUUGUAAAUAGUUCUGCCACAAGUUGAAAUAAGGGGAUAUGUGGUCUUUGCAUAUA